UGGUUAAUAUUAUGGCCAGCGCUGGUUAAAAUUUUAGAGUUAACUAACGAUUGGCCUCAAAAUUAGUAAUUAACUUGACAAUAGGGGGUACCCCCAUUGAUACCCUCUUAUUUAGAUGCAUGGAUUUUUAGUUCAUUUCUAUGAAGAAAAGAUAUUUUGUAUCUUGGUUACAAAUGAACACAGGAAAUGACAUAACUAAUGAACCUGUGCAAUGAUAGAAUAAAUCAUGAAACCAAACGGAAAUGCUUAAACGAAUGUAAACCGAGUUGCAAGUUCUAAAACAAGAAAAUUCAGGAUUGACAUUUCGGAAUUCGAAGUACUUUCAUGAACGUCUUAGUUUACGAUGGCUGACAAUAGCACAGACGUUCACGGCUUGACAGCGAUUAAGAUAGUCUUCAGUGUGUCACUGUGUGUCAUAGCAGUUAUAAACUUCAUUGGAAAUUCUCUAGUCAUCCAUAUAAUUCGCACCAAUAAAUUGACAAAACAACCUAUGAACUACCUUCUGGUCCACCUUGCUCUGGCUGACAUCAUGGUUGGCACUUUCAUCCCAUCGCGGUUUAUUUUCACUUAUUUUGUUUCUCAUCCUGAAGGCACGACAGGAGCGGUCAUUUGCAGGAUGUUUACAGGAGGUCCACCAGCAUGGAUUGCAGGCCUUGCUUCCAUUUUCUUUCUCGUUGACAUCUCUAUUGAACGUUACCUUGCCGUUAUACAUCCGUUUUCCAGGAAGUGGAGAAUUAAAUGGAUUAAGGUCAAGUACAUAGCCAUUAUUGCCUGGAUUUUUGCUCUGGUGUUUAAUUGUCCGUAUUUCUUUCUCAUAAACUUCGUUAAAGAGGAAAACUUCUGCUAUGAAAGAUGGCCUGUAGAACGUUUAUGGCUACCUCAGGCAUACUCUACUCUUUGGUUGUUGUUUGGCGCGCUUUUCCCGGCCAUUAUCAUGAUAUGUCUUUACAGCAGAGUUAUUUUCACUCUCUGGAUCAAACCCGGAAGUGUCCAGUUUUCACAAGUUGGCGUGCUGAAGUUCAGAAGAAGAGCAACCAAGAUGGUUGUCAUUGUCAGCCUUAUAUACUGUGUGUGUUGGAUUCCUAACCUUACAUUGUAUUUUCUAUAUUAUAUCGGUGUCAACUACGACUUUUCUGACCAUCAUUUUAUCAUCAGUAACAUUCUUAUAACGUGUAACUCCGCUGUCAAUCCUUUUAUUUAUGGGUUUCAGAGCAAAAAGUUUCGGGAUGAGUUGAGGAAGCUUGUCGGAUGCAAGAACCGUGUUCACUCCAUGAGCACGAACCCUCAGUUUCUUUCAGGAAAGAAUUCUAAAUAUAUUUUCACGGUAGAUAUCAAUAAAAAUGUUAAAUGAAGAUAAGGGAUAGCACCUGCUCACGACUCUCUAUAAGCUAUCGACACGCUACUAAUGUCGUCCCACAAUACCACGCACGACGAGGUCGUUACCAGCCUUUUCUCCUUUAAACUUUGAAAAGACAAAGUGCUCAGAUUUCUUCAGUGUUACAAACUCUUUAUAAAUUGCUAGUCAAAUAAACUUCGUUUAUAUUACAUAACGA